AUUUCGAAUAGAUUAAAAACAAAAACCGGUAAUUUAAAGUAACAGAAAUGUAGCAAAUUUUUUGUGAAAAUAAUUUUUGUUUCUUAUUUUGAUAUUUGCUGUUCAGAGAGGAUUAAAAAUACAUGAAUUAACAGACCAUCUCAGAAUGAAUAGCAACACAUCAUCAAUCUUCAUGCAACAAUCAUUAGAUUUUCAAUUUCUAUCUGUUUGUCACUACAUUACUAUUUUUGGUAUUUAUUUUUACAACAAUGAUUUAAUUACACUUGAUGAGAAAAGUCAGUCUGUUCCUGUUUUAAAUACUUUGUUUGAGUAUUUAAAUAAAUCGAAAAAUGAAUCCGAGGCAAAAUUUCAACUUCUAAAAAAAGUACUAAAGGGAAGUGAUCUCUAUGGUGGUGGAGAAAAUGAAUCACUUGGUAUGAAAUACGUUGAUGAAACAUAUCAGUACAUCAUUAACAAGGCUCUAUUUUCUCACUAUGGAAACAUUAAUGGAUAUUUGGCUAAAAUCAUCAAUACGGUGGAUGAUGUAAAUUAUUUGGUUUUUAAGGAGAAGGUGUUUCAGCAUCUUUCGGAAAAUUACACAAGUAGGGAAUAUUGUUCCAAUGAUAUUCCGUUAGGGAAUUACGAUUCCAAAAAAAAGUUAGGGAAUUACGAUUCCAAAAAUAAGUUAGGGAAUUAUGAUUCAAAAAAUAAUCCAUUAGAUAAUUAUGAUUCAAAUAAUAUUCCGUUAGGAAAAAACAGUUGCAAACUUAACGGAUUGACAAUUCAAAAAGUUUUUCAUGAUCACAUUUGGCCCAUUUUUCCUCAACCCGAAAAAGAUAUGAGCAUAAUUGACGUGGAUUAUAUAUACGCAAUGGUAGGUUUAAAAAUCAUGAGAUCUGUAUCAUCCACGACUCCAAAUCUUACCUUUCAGGAAUAUAUUUUAAUCUCCCGUGAGAUUUAUUUGCAGGACUUUAAUAACGAAACCUAUGAAAUGGUAAUAAAUUUAUUUUCAACACCAGCAUUAUUUUUCUACGCCUACAAUCAAAAGGCAAAAUUUCAAGAAAUUGAUUUUAUCCCAAAUGAUAAAUUUUGGAUUGAAGCUUAUGAAAAUUUAUUCACCCACAUCAAUUUAAUGAUGAACAAAAUUGUACAGGACGAAAUUGAAAAUAGUUUGCAUUAUAAACUUAACAAGAAAAUAAGUGUUAUAAAAAGUCGUACGACCAUUGCUGUUGAAAUACUAAAACAAUAUUGUGAUUAUAAACAUAUAGCAAAAAUACUUGCUGUGGAAUUUUAUAAAACCUUUUAUCUUUGGAUAACAAAAUUAAUUCUUCAUAAACAAUGCAAAAUUCAUUAUCUUUCUAAUUUGGAAAAAGAAUACAAGGCUCAAUUCAUCGAAAUAGAAAAAAUAUACAAUAAAAUUGUUAGCAAUGCAAUUGAAAAAGUAUUAAUUGAUAAUAAAUUAGUGGAAAUUGAUUCAAAUGCAACUAUUAUAUCUGCACAAGUUUCUAAUUAUGCGAAUGAAUAUAUAAUUAUUCCACGAAAGCAAAAUGAUGAUAUAUUCUUUUUGUUUGCAGUAGAAAAUGAAAAUUUGAAUUAUAAUUUUUAUGCAUUUAGACAAGUGAAUAAUGUUUUGUCUCUAUUGUCAAGUAGAGAAAACGAACAAGAAUUUGCUAAAGCAAUUGCUAAUGAUUCGUCAAUAAAAAUGGAAAUACCAAGAUUUUAUCAAACUCUUAAAUACAGUAAUGAAGAUCACAAGGGAUUUGUCCAAAGAGUUGCCGAUAUAAAGGCAAAAGAAUUUGUAAAUAAUCUGAUGAUGUACAAUUAUGAUGAAACAUUUGGAGAGAAAGUUUUAAAUUUUGCAUCAUCUCUUAUACCAUUUUAUAGUUGUAUUGAAAAUGCCAAUGAAGGUAAAGUUGCAGAUGCUACAUUAAGUUGUUCCCUGGACAUUGUUAGUCUUAUUCCACUAGUAGGUUUUGCUGCAAAAUAUUCAGCUAAACUAAGCAGUAGUUUGAUAAUCGAAAUUAGCAAAAGUCACCUAAUCAGUAAAACACUAUCGGGAGUUAUAACCAAAGUACCAAUAACGUUAGUUUUAAAUCAUAUUUCCAAAAUAGCUGUCCGUACAAUAGCUAGAGAAAUUCUAACUAAAGGAGUUUUAAAAGAUUUAACUGUAGCCUCCCUUCGAACACUGGAUCCUGGAUUUGAAUUAUUUCACCAAUUAAAUCGAAAUGGUUUUAAAGUAUUACGUAAAUUGUUUCGAAAAAUAAAUUUGAAAAAUACUCCUAAAGAAUUUUUAUUAAUUAUAAAAUUGUUACGAAAGAAGGUAAAACGUACCAUGUCUUUACUUACUGAUCAGACAGGAUUGGUACCUUUGAUUCUAGCCAGACAUAACGAUUACAAUAUUGUUAGAUACUUUUAUCCAGGUGGAUCAAAUUUUUUUGGACCUACUUGCCUAAAAUCAUUUGAUAACACUGCGGAAUUAAGAAGCAUCGAGGGUUAUUCAUUUCCAGUACCAGUAGUGAGGGAAUCCAAUGGAAUUUACAAACAAUAUAUUCCAGAAACUGGUAAAACAUUUGAUGGUAAGUUAAAAAUUCAUGACAAUGAUAUUCUUCAUCGAAUUGGAUUUUUGUUGGAAGAACAAUUGGCACAAGUUGGUAGAAAUAAAAUUAAUUAUAUCUAUUAUAAUACAGUUGAAUUUGGAAAGGAAUUAGUUUUAAAUUCCAAUGUACAGAAUACAGUUUCAGAAUUAGUCAAUCAAAAUUUGGGAGUUACAGAACAUGUUGAGGAUAAUUUUGAACAAUAUGCUAAUUCACUAUUGUUACCGGAGAUUAUUGAUGAGAAUACAGCGAAUGUUUAUCCGGAAUUUCACAUUAAUGUUAGGGGUAACGUUGAAGGGACAAUUCCUCAUGUGACAAAUUUAGAAUUUACCGGUACUCUGCGAGGUAAUAUAGUGGAUGAUAAUUUUCAAGUAGAAAAAUUUGAAUUUCCAAGUACAUCAAAGGGAAUAGCAGGAGAUUUUAAUUUAAAAGUUCCGGAGAAUAAAAAAAGAAUAGGAGUGGAUUUGGAAUAUCGUCAUAAAAAAUUUCGCCACAAUUCAGAUGAUAUUAGAUUAGAAAUUAUGGAAUCAAAUUUACAAAAUCGAAAAAUUCAAGAUGGAAAUAAUUUUGAUACUAGGGAAUUUAAUGAAAUGGCAAAAGUUCCAAAAUUAAUUUUUCAGAAUCAACCAAAAGAUGCUAUUUUAGAAAAGAUAUCAAAUAGUGAAAGAAGAAUAGAUACAAAAAAUUCAUUACAACAUCAAAUUGAUAAUAUUCCUGGUACAUCGCGACAAUUUGUAAAUGUAAAUCCAAUAUUCUAUGAAAAUAUUAUAAAAGAUACGUAUAAAAAAUAUGUGGAUAUUUUAAUAGAAUUUAAAAAUAUUGGCUUAUUUACCCUAAGCAAGAAGAGGGAAAAAAUUAAUUUUCUACGUAAUGCUGCAAAUAAAUUAGCACUUUUACAAAUUGAAAUUGGCCUACCAAUGCAAAAACCAACAAAAUUUUGGUACACUCAAAUAAUUCGUGGAUUAUUUAAUAUUAAUUAUAUAAGAAAAUUAAAAGGAAAAACAUUUUAUUUCAGUGAUAUUACUUUAUUGAGUAAUCAACCUUUAGGUAAACAACCAUCAAAUAAAUUAAAAGAUUUUCCAUUUGAAUUGGAAGUUCGUUAUCAUUUGACAAUUGAUUUUUCAUAUGGUUUUGUGGAUUUAACUAAUUUUCAUUCAGAAUUGAAAAAUAAUUAUCUUACAUUCAAUGAUGUAUUAUUUACAGUAACUGAUACAUUUUACACACCAAAUGGUAAAAUUUUAAAUGUUCAAAUGAAAAAUAAUAUUAUGACAAAAGAAAAUUGGUAUAAUUUAAGACAACAAGAUAUUAAAAAUUUACAGCAACAGGAAAAAAUAAUUGAAUCACCACGUAUGAAAAUAAUUACAGAUGCCGCUUAUUUUGUCAGUCAAAAUACAAUUAUGAAUAAAUUUCAAAAAAUAAGGGAUUAUAUAUCAAAUUUCAUUUUAACAAUAAAUACCGCUACAUUAAAUAUUGUACCAAAUUAUAAUGAAUUUGCUCAAGAUUUAAUAAAAAUGAAAUUUGAAAGUCCUUAUCGAAAUUAUAUUAUUAAAAAUUAUCGUUAUAUUAAUGAUGUUCUUUACCAUCAAAAUUUAGAUGAAAUUAUUGAAUUAAAUGAAGCAAAACGACGAAUUAAUGAUGUAUAUAAUUUUAUGAAUUUUCAAAAUAUUGAUGAAACAUUUCUAAAUUAUAAAAAAAUACAAAAUAUCGAACAACAAUUACGUUUUGAAGAUUAUUUUGUUUUAUAUUCACAAUUAAAUAAUAAAUUAUUGGAAAAUAAAGAUGGAAUAAGACGUUUUGAAGUUGCAAUUAAUCGUCUUGGCUUAAGACAAAGUGGAGAGGAAUUUUUAAAACAACCAAUAAAACUUUAUCGUAGUGAAAUGAUGGCCAAGGAAGUAUCAUCAAAAUUUUAUAAAUCAUUACGUGAAAAAAAUAUUAUUGUAUUUGAUAAAAUUUUAAAAUUUUCCCCCAAUCGAAAUCAAGAGGAAUUAAAAUAUUUAAAUAAAGUAAGUACAUCAACGAGAAUUCCAUUAUUAAUGGAAAUAACAUUGAAAAAUCAAGUGGGUGUUGUUGAUGUUAAUCGAAUAAUUAAUAGUGAUAAUUCAUUUCACGUUGUAACGUCAAAUUUUCAAUUUCAAAUUUAUGAAAUUAUAUUAAAGGAAAAUCUUAAUGGUAAAAUGAUGUUAAUAAAAAUGCAUGAUUUUGAAAGUACAACUGAAACACGAAUGAUUAGAAUGGCAGAUAGACUUUAUGAAUUAUUUUCAACGGAGACAAAAUUUUAUUCCGAUAUUGUUGAAAAUUUUGAUUAAUAAAUUGUGUUAAGGGAAAAAUUAAUUUUUUUUAUUAAAUAAAAGUUAAUUUUAAUAAAAAAUUUAGUUUUUAUAUAAAAAUUAUUUUUAAUAACCGAAGUAAUUUCGUUAUUCUAAUAAAUAGAAUAAUUUUAAUGUUAAUUUCAAAUAUAUUUACUUAAUUAUU